AUGGCAUCACCACAAGGCGCGGUGCGCAACCGUGGAGCCAAGAACCAGAACCGAUCGUCCACUCCUAAUGGCGAUGCACUGAAUGCAAAGAUCGAGGAGACGUGGGAAGCGGUCAAGACGACGAGCAAAGAGACGGUGCAGAAGGAGUGGGACCACAAGAUAACGUUUACCAUCCUGACCAUCCUGGCUUUCUUGACGAGGUUCUGGGGCAUAAGUCAUCCUGACCAGGUUGUUUUCGAUGAGGUGCACUUUGGCAAGUUUGCAUCCUACUACCUCCAGCGCACAUACUUCUUCGACGUCCACCCGCCCUUCGGCAAACUUCUCUUCGCAUUCGCAGGCUGGCUCGUGGGCUACGAUGGCUCCUUCCUCUUCGAGAACAUCGGCGACUCGUACAUCACGAACCGAGUGCCCUAUGUGGCCUACCGAUCGAUGCCAGCCCUCAUGGGUGCUCUUACCGUCUCCGUCGUCUACCUGAUCAUGUGGGAGUCUGGAUACAGCCUGCCAGCAUGCAUUCUCGCGACAGCUCUGGUCCUCUUCGACAACGCACACAUUGGUCAGACUCGUCUGAUCCUCCUUGAUGCUACGCUUGUGCUCUUCAUGGCAUUGAGCAUUCUCUGCUACAUCCGCUUCUACAAGCUGCGACAUGCGCCAUUCACGAGAAAGUGGUGGAAAUGGCUGCUGCUUACGGGCAUUAGCAUGAGCUGUGUCAUCAGCACGAAAUAUGUGGGAGCAUUCACCUUCUUCUCUGUGGGUGUGCCGGUCUUGAUCGACUUGUGGGAUCUUAUGGACAUCAACCGCAGACAGGGCGCAUUGAGUCUUGCAGACUGGGGCAAGCACUUCGGAGCACGCGCCAUUGGUCUUGUGGUUGUGCCAUUCUUGAUGUAUCUCUUCUGGUUCCAGGUCCACUUUGCGAUUCUGUCCCGCUCAGGUCCAGGAGAUGACUUCAUGACACCAGAAUUCCAGGAGACUCUGUCGGACAACUUGAUGGCACAGCAGGCUGUUGGCAUCGACUACUUCGACAACAUCUCCAUGCGUCACAAGGACACCAAGGUCUACCUUCACUCCCACCCGGACAAGUACCCUCUGCGCUACGAUGAUGGACGUGUCUCGUCCCAGGGUCAGCAGGUCACCGGAUACCCACACAACGAUACCAACAACCUAUGGCAGAUCAUCCCAUCUACGCAGAUGGAAGGUCGUGGGCACCGUAUUCACAAUGGCGACGUUGUUCGUCUCAGGCAUUUGGUCACCGACACCUGGCUCUUGACUCACGAUGUCGCAUCGCCAUUCUACCCAACGAACCAGGAAUUCACCACAGUACCUCUCGAAGAGGCCAACGGUGGUCGUUUCAACGACACGCUGUUCGAGAUCAAGAUUGACAACGGCAAGACUGGUCAAGAAUUCAAGACACUUUCUUCUCACUUCAAACUUAUCCACGUUCCGACCAAGGUCGCCAUGUGGACACACACUACCCCCCUUCCAGAGUGGGGUUACAAACAGGCCGAAAUCAACGGCAACAAGAACGCGUUCCAGACCUCCAACACUUGGUACGUCGAGGAGGUAUCAGGAAUCGAAGAAGGCUCGCCACGCUUGGUUAAGGAAAUCAGAAAGCCUAAGUCGAUGCCAUUCCUGAAGAAGUACUUUGAGCUUCAGCGCGCAAUGUUCUACCACAACAACGCACUUACCUCCUCGCACCCUUACGCCUCGCAACCGAUUCAAUGGCCGUUCCUUCUCCGUGGUGUCAGCUUCUGGACUGAAUCGAACACACGACGACAGAUCUACUUCAUGGGCAACCCCAUCGGAUGGUGGUUCACAUCCGCGCUCCUGGCCGUCUUUGCCGGCAUCCUGUUCGCGGACCAGAUGUCUGUUCGCCGUGGUGUUGAUGCGCUCGACAGACGCACCCGCGGCCGUCUCUACAACAGUACGGGCUUCUUCUUCCUCGUCUGGGCCGCCCACUACUUCCCCUUCUUCAUCAUGGGCCGUCAACUCUUCCUCCACCACUACCUUCCCGCCCACCUCGCCAGCUGUCUCGUCGCCGGUGCCAUCGUCGAAUUCGUCUUCAACAUCGAGCCGAAUGAGAUCGCCAACGUCUCCGGCACGAACCCCAUCGUCGACGGCAAGAAGGGUAGCAAAGCACAGAUCCAGCAACGCAGCAAGCCCAUUCGCGAGCGCAUUGGGGGUCAGAGCCUUAUGGCCACUUGGGCGGCUACGGGUGUGAUUGUGAGCGUUAUUGUGUGGUGCUUCUACUUCUUUAGCCCGUUGACGUAUGGCAAGCCGGGGUUGGAGGUCGGACAGGUGCUCGCGAGGAAGUGGUUGAAUUAUGAUUUCCAUUUUGCUAAGUAA